AUGGAAGAAAGUGAUGAAUCUGAUCACCCUAUCUCAGCAGGGAGGCAAGAAAUUUGAAAGAGAAGAUGACCCAGCAUUUAUCUACCAUUGGUAGAUACCAUUUAUCUACCAAUGGUAGAUAAAUCCCAGCAGACUGAAGUGACAGAGAAAAAGAAACAUUUGCCUAUACCACAAUCAUCUGGCCCCAAAGGUACCCUUAGUAUUGGUAAUAUUCCUGGAAGCAAAUUCAACUAUGAAUGUCAUAGAGUAUCUUCUCAACUUCAGCAAACUUGGACAAAGAGAAAGCAUGUACAUGAUAUGACUGAUAAAUCUCUGCAGACAGAAACUGCUGCAGAAGAGAAAGAAGAAAUCAAGUCAGUUUGUGAAACAGUGGUAUCUGAAGAAAAGCCAGCUAUUGGAGAAGCAGCCCCUGAAUUUCCAGAGGGUGUUCAGGAAGUAGAAAUUCCACCAGCAGACAGACACUCAGUUCAACUCAAAACAGACAGAUCCCAGCAGACCAGUUGUACUGGAGACUGGACAAUGAUGAACAUUCCUUAAAAAGAAAAAAAAAAAACAAAAGAAAAAGUAGACAAGGAAGAGCAGACAAACUUUAGUGAAUCAGAAAUAGUGGUUAUUGGCUGGCCAAGUAAUCUGUUUUCAAAGUCAAAGGAAGGUGCACAGACAAAGUCCUCAGGGAAGAAUUUUGUUGCUGAACAUCCUGAAUUUCAACCCACAACAAGUAACAACGAAGAAAUUAGGCAGCAAAGUAUUAACAGAGUUUUAUCUAUUCCACCAACCAAAAAUGAUGCUCCAGUACUUUUAGAAGAUGGGAAAGAUGUUCCAGCUGAAGUACAGCCUCCCACUGCAGAAGAGAGCUCUGCUGAAGUGCAACUUCCACUAGCUGAGGAGAUUACUGCAGAAGAGGCUGCUGAAGUUCAGCCUCCAGCAGCUGAAGAGGCUCCUGUUGAAGUACAGCCUUCCCCAACAGAAGAGGCUCCUGGAGAUGAGGCUCCUGCUAAAGUAGAGCCCACCUCAGCUGAAGAGACUCUUUUAAAAGAGCCUUCUGCUGAAGUUCAGCCUUCAGCAGCUGAAGACGCUCCUACACAAAAGGUCCCAAAACUUCAAAUUUCACCAGCUGUGGAGUCCCCUGAAGAAGAGGCCCCAGCUGAAAUUGAGUCUCCUCCAGCUGAGGUGGUCCCUGCUGAGCUUCAGUCUCUACCAGUUGAGGAGGCCCCUGCAGAGAAGUCCUCUGCCAACAUUCAGUCUCCACCCACUGAGGAGACCUCUGCAGAAGAGGUCCCAGAAGAAGUUCAGUCUCUGCCAGCUGAGGACACCCCUGCAGAAGAGGCCUCCACCAAAGUUCAGUCUCCACCAGCUGAGAGGACCCUUGCAGAAGAGGCUGCAGCUGAACUUCAACCUCUACCAGCAGAGGAGGCUUCUGCAGAGGAGGCCCCUGCUGAAUUUCAGCUUCCAUCAACUGAAGAAACUACUUCGGAAAUGUUCUCUGUUGACAAACAGUCUUCACUAGCUGAAGAGUCCUUUAUUACACAAAUCUCUGUAAAAGAAACCUCUGCUGAAGUUCUGCUUCCACCAUCUGAGCAAACACCUGCAGAUGAAGCUCUGGUAGAGAAUGUGUCUAGGGUUUAUCAGUCUCCCCAGGCAGCAGACAUCCUGGUGGUAAAAUUAGGAUCAGGGGUUUUGGAAGAUAAGCCAAAAUCUGAAGAGCCUUUAGAAUGGGAUACAGUUCCUGAAGAUUCAUCUGAUACCAAGAAUGAAGAGGUUUCGAUUAAAAUAAAGGGUGUCAUCCAUAUAGAACUGGAAUAG